AUCGUUGGUGUGGGAAGGUGCCUGGAGGACAGAUAUUUUCAUGGCCUCAUUGAGAGAGAUGGACAAAGGCAACCCUGUGAAGCUUGUCCUGACUGUCAAUGGACAGCUGCUCCGAGGUGUUUCCAGCAGUACACCCACACACCCCUUCACUGUCCCAGAGACCACCCAGUCACCAGUGCUCCCAGCAGAUAAUACGCCCCCUGGACAGGACCUGAAGGAGCCUACCGUGGGUUUACUUGUGCUACAGAAAGCGGUACUCUCCAUUGCAGUGCCUUUGGAAGGGAUGAAUUUAACAGCCCUUGAUCUGGCAGUGAAGGAGUUACAAGGCAGUCCCAGCCCACGGUGGUGCCAUGCCAUGUGCCUCAGUGACCUGGGGACAGCUGUUCUGAUUGGUGGGCAAGGUGUCAAUCAGCAGUCGUGCAAGGAUGCCCUCUGGAAGCUAGAAAUCGACAAUGACAUGUGGCUUCCAGUGGGUUUCCAGCUACAAAAUGCCAUGCCAUUGUGCUUGCAUGGCCACACAGCUACCUACGACCCAGAGACCAAGCGUAUCUACAUCUUUGGGGGUAUAAGGGAGGACAAAGACUACAGCAGGAUCUACAUUCUGGACACAGUCACCUGGAAAUGGCUCCUUGUGGCUGCUAAAGGGAGGAUGCCAGUGCUCACCUAUCACAGUGCAACUAUCUACCGCAAAGAGCUCUUUGUUUUUGGAGGGACUUUGCCCAGAAAGGCAUCACUGGCAUUUGGACACUGCAGCAACAUGCUCUAUGUCUUCAAUCCAGAGCAUGAAAUUUGGUACCAGCCCAUCUCAGAAGGGGACAAGCCUCUCCCUAGGCUUGGGCAUUCAGCUACUCUGCUGAAGAACAAACUGCUGAUUUUUGGGGGCCGAAGGACUUCUCUCUACCUCAGUGACAUGCAUGUCCUGGAUCUGGGUUUCAUGGAGUACACACCAGUGCCCCUCCUCGCAGGACAGCCUUCUGCACGUUGUUUUCAUGCUGCUCUGGCUGUGUCAGACCAGAAGGUUCUGAUCAGUGGAGGCUGCAAUGCCAGGGGAGCCCUGCAGGAUGCCUUUGUCUUUCACCUAGCUGGCCACACGCUGCUUGAUCUGACUCCUACCCACCUGAUGGAUGUGGACCAGGAGAACAAAGAGAAGCAUAACCUGCACACAGUGUUGGUUUUUGGGGGCUCCAACUGUGCUGGGACCUUUUACAACAGCACAGUCAAGAUCCAGCUGGACCUGGGAUAA